AUGGUUAUUUAUACUCAGGUGGAGAAAACAUUUUCUAUCGGAUGGCAGGGAUAUGUAGUGAUCGCUGGAGUUGUGCUGAUUGUGGUCCUCUGUAUAUUACUAUUCUUCAAAAUCAAGUAUAAAGUGAUAAUCGGGUUGAUCAUGACAGGAAUAAUAAUUGUAAUGUGGUCUGCGAUUAAUUAUUCUCUGUCAAUCGGUGCGGAAGAUAAGAAUCAAGUGAAUCUUUAUAAUGAUGAAUACAAGAAGGCAUUGGAAGAAGAUAAAGCUUUUAAUUAUGAAGUUCUUGUUAAUAAAGGACUAUACAGGCGGUUGAAAAUGCUGAUUUCAAGAAAAUGGGAAAAUCGAAAAAAUCUUGAUAUUGCAGAAGACAAAUUUUUUGAAGAGACAUCAGACAGUUUGAAAAAAUACAAAGUACAAAUUGAACUGACAAAGAAGGACUUGAUGGAAGCGAAAAAAGCAGUGAAUGCAUCCGAAGCUAAACUUAAAGUGCUGGAAACAGCAGCAGUCAUCGCAUCUAAUGCAUACAGAAAUAGUUCAAAUUAUUUGCGAAGAUUGAAUAAGGAAGCAUCAACAAAUGACUCAUUGAAUGAUGCUAAAAUUACACAAGUGUAUUGGAAAGCUCGUACUGAUUUUGCCGACGGCACAGAUGAACUACGUGACAAAAUAAAACUAUUGGAAAUGAAGAGGAUUGAUUUUUUUAAAUGCGAAUUGCCUAGCACUGUCUAUCCUACAUUUGCCUCAUACCUUUCUACUCUGAUGAAUCAAUCAAUUUCUGAAUGA